GUCACUUUACCCUGUGCGCGCCACAACAGUAGUUUCGAGCCCAGAGGUCAUCCUCUGGUACCAUGGUAUGAUGAGAUGUCGCGUCCUCUCUUCGUGCUGGUGAUUCUGAUGAUGGUAGUCGGGGGUGCUGAGGUCGGGGCUUGUGGUCCCGGCAGGGGUAACAGUCGCCGCAGACCCCCCAAGAAACUGACCCCUCUCGUGUUCAAACAACAUGUGCCCAACGUCUCCGAGAACACUCUAGGUGCCAGUGGUCUCACCGAGGGACGUAUCACCCGCAAUGACUCCAGGUUCAAGGACUUAGUACCCAAUUACAACGGCGACAUUGUGUUCAAAGACGAAGAAGGAACAGGAGCCGACCGCCUCAUGACUCAGCGGUGUCAAGAGAAGCUGAACACUUUGGCGAUCUCCGUGAUGAACCAGUGGCCUGGGGUGCGCCUGCGGGUGACCGAGGGUUGGGACGAGGAGGGUCACCACGCUACGGACAGCCUCCACUACGAGGGCAGAGCCGUGGACAUCACCACGAGCGACAGGGACCGCUCCAAGUACGGCAUGCUCGCCAGGCUCGCCGUCGAAGCAGGGUUCGAUUGGGUCUACUAUGAGAGCAGGGCACACAUCCACUGCAGCGUCAGAUCAGAAUCGUCCCAAGCGGCCAAGUCCGGCGGAUGUUUCAUGGAGAACGGGACCGUCGUGCUGGCAGACGGCACGCGGCGCAGGAUGGCGGAUCUGCGGGUCGGGGACUACGUCCUGUCCCUGGACAGAGGCAGCGGCAAGAUGGUCUUCAGCGAAGUCAUCCUAUUCCUCGACAGGAACCCACUGGACAGCCGGAAGUUCCUCAGGAUAAAGACGCGGGGAGGCAGCUCCGUCCUGCUGACUCCGUCCCACCUGGUGCUGCGGCUCUCGGAGAGUGAGGGGGUUGCCACUGAGCACGUGUUCGCGGCGGAGGUGGCCGUUGGAGACCACCUCCUGGUGGCGGUGGGCGGUGGGGUGUAUGUGCGGGACACGGUGGUCGCGGUACAGGCGCAGUGGGUCCACCACGGUGGGGUCUACGCCCCACUCACACGGACAGGCACUAUAGUGGUGGACGACAUUCUGGUAUCGUGUUAUGCCCUCAUAAACAGUCAGACUAUCGCACAUUUGGCGUUCGCCCCGUACAGGUUGUACUUCAACUUCAGAGAGAGCUUCGAGCGGGUCUGGACAGUUCUCACGAAGCCGGUGAGUGCAUGGGAAGCCUCGUGGAGGAAAUCCGAGGAACCUCCCACCGGAAUCCACCCUUACGCUCGGUUCUUGUACGCCUUUGCAGAUUAUGUUGUUCCCAAUUCUGUGUUUUUUGGGGGGACCCAUGACACUCUAAGCUGAAGAGAGUUAGGAUAUCAAUUCAAAACUAGUCUUGUUUAAACGAGUUCAGAAUUUACAGCAAUGCCUUGUCAAUGGAAAAUGUAACUCGUCUUUUUACAGUAUUAUAACUCAAUGCAACUUUUGGAAAACCCUUACAUGUUUUUUUUUCAAAUUUUUACAAGCGAAUUUAUCUGUUAUUUAAAAAAUUUUGGUUUUUGAAAAUUUUCGAAUUUAAAAUAAAAAUAUUGAUUUUCUGUGCUUUCUAUACACGAAUUUUUAACAUUAAGUAUUACGAAUCACAAAAUUAUAUUUAUCUAUAUCGCAUUUAUAACAUGCAAGACACCUUUCCAUCCAUAAACGAUUUCAAUGAAUGGUUGUUGCUUUAGAUCCUGAACGUCAACAAAAAUCAAAGUCUUAGCCAGAAAUCUAUUUAUUAUUCGUUUGGGUCAUUUUCAGCCAUUAAAAAGUGACUGAAUUUUCCAACCUAGUAUUUUAGUGAUUAGUGAAAACGUGCCAACCUAAGACUCAUCAUAAAGUUAAAUUAUUGUGUAUUAUAGUUAGUGUAUAAAACUUAGAAAUGUUCGUGCUCUCCAUUUGUAUAAAUACUGUAGACUUGUUCAACUGAUUUGUAUUAUUAAUUUAUGGACUUUAUUAAAAAAAAACAUGUGAUAAACAUUUUUACAGCUUUAACUUUAGAUUAGGGAUAUGUUUUAUUUAAGAGAAGCCUAAACUAAGGGUUGUACAGUUUGUUGGAAUAAUGUAUAUAUAUCAAAACUAAUGAUAUUUUUAAUACACCUUGUUAGGCUCAAAGUUUUGCAAUAAAUUAUAAUUCUACUUACAUGUAUUAUAUAAAAACUACAAUUGUUACUUUUAAGUGUCUAAAACUAGUAUUAAGCACAAUAAACAAAUAACUAAAUACAUAAAUAUAACAAAUAGUUUGAAUAUAAAUACAUGAAAAGUUACUCACAACAGGCUGUUAAAACGUUCUAUAUACCAAAUUUGGAUUUUUAUUAAUACAAAUUAAAACAUACCAAAAUUCUAAAAAGUUAAUAGAGUGAUAACUAUAUCUUAUGUAUACCAGUUAGUUACAUGCUAAAUUAAAUUGAAAUAACAGGAAUGUAUAAAAAAUUUCAAAAACUGUAACUCUCAAACAUGAAUAAUCAGAGUUUUUGAAUUUUGAAGUACACCACUAGGGGAUAAAAAGAGGUAAUUUUUGAAACUUAUCAAUAAUUUAUUAGAAGAUUGGACCAGAAUGUAUACUUAAAAAGCAUUGAGAUUCACUUUAAGAGAUUAUUGUUUGUCAAAAAUGUAGAUAAAAACAGAAUGUGAAAAUUUAUGGGAAUGGAUUAAUAAUUUUAUAAAGGAUCAAGUAACAAAAAUGAAACCUUAAAUUUGAACAUGUGGUCUACUUGAGAAACAACUUUUUAUGUUGUCAGUGAAAUUUCACCUCUUGGAAGAAUUUUGGGGCAAUUCUAAAUAUAUUUUUAUUGUAUGAUUAUUCUUAUCAAGAUCUUUAAAAUUGUGUUGACCUUGGCUUCACUGGUCAGAAGACUAGAAGUCUUGAUGACACAACAAGUAGGUUUGGUUCAAUCUUGGUUAGGUCUUUCAUUGAUACAUAGAAAUUUAUUUUUUGUACUAACCAUUUUAAAUUGCUGUACUUCAAACUUCCACCAAACUCAUUGAGUAGGGGUUACAAAUAGCACAAAUCCAAAAUAUUUAGUAUAGAACUCCAGACUGACCUUAACAAUUAAUUCCUAAAGGGAAAGGUGUGCUAAAGUGCUUUUCGCUGAAACGCAAUCAAUAAAAAUGUAGCAUAAAGUAUUGCAUGAAAUAUUGUUUGUCAUUUGUAAACUGUAAUUGAAUUUUAUCAUAACUUUUAGUGUUUGUUAAGUAUUAAUUACUUGCAUAAAUAUGUUGUAACUGCUGGCAUGAAUUUUAGUAGACUUCCAUAUUGAUACUUAUAUAUUAAAUUAAUCAGGCAUGUUUUAUUACUUCAUUUGAACAUUAAAAUUAAUAUUUAUAUAAGAGUACUGAUUUAAAAAAAAUUUAAAGUUAAAAAUUUUUAACUGGUUACCAGGUUUCUUCAAUAUCGUUAAAAAUCGUAAAGAUUCCAAAUCAGUGCAUUUAAUCUUUUGUUGAGAAGAGCAGCCCGGAUUAUAAAUAAUACUUCAAUGUUUUCAUUUUGUCCUACAAAACGUUUUUAACAUGUUAGUCAAUAAUCUAUAGUAGUACUAGAACUAUCAUUUGCACCUUAUGUUUAGUUAAUCAUCAUUUUGUUGUCUAAAUAUGGACAAUGUUAAUCCCAUAGUAGUGUUAAGUAUUAGGAAAAUGAGUAUUAUUCAUUUUUUCUCAUGUAAAACUGAAACUAUAUUGUACUUGGGAAUACAUUAUUUAUUUUUUAUUUGUUGCUCAUGUCUUUCAAAUAUAAACGUUUAAUUUUUCACAAUAAUGAUUGAUUCUCAAUAAACGAUGUGUUGGAGUAGAUCUAAUUAUUUGAACAUCUUUUUAGAUUUACUCCAUAGCUCAGCCAUGGUUGUAUUGAUUAGCUAUUUAUUUUUAACUCAAUAAAUCUUUUUGCAACUUUGCUGACGGACACAACAGCUUGUCCUAUCAAUAGUUAUUAGUAAAUUAUUAAACAUUUACAUACGUUUAGCAUACAGUGUCCAGGUCUUCCGUAAAGCUUGAGCCUAGUGACAGUUAGUUAUACUGUUGUUGCCAUUUAUAUUGUUGUAACUAUUUAUUAAAUUUGUAGAAAUCUAUUGAUUAUAUUUUAUUGUAAUAAAUGAAAAUUUAAUUUAUGUAAAUAUUUAUAAAUCAAUUUAAUUAUAAUUAUUUACACAUUA